AAUAAGUGGGUGUUUGUUUUGGAUGUUGAUAUUUAACAACUGUGAAAUAGUUUUCCUAAAAAGAAGAUUUCCUUAGAAUAUGCAACUUUUUGGGUGUCGAAAAUUCAAAUAAUGUGUAUCCCAAGAUCUUCAUGUGGGUUUUUAAGUUCUCAAGCUAACGAGGCACGACCUGCCCUUUGACCAUAAAAGGUAAAGAAGGUUCAAAUGUACGUAAAACUGUUUAUCAUAAGGAUCUUUAAAUAGUGAAAUGAAUGCAAUAAAACAGUGAAGUAACUUUAACUAGAGGAAUAAUUUAGUUAGGAUUUAUUUAAUUACAAGGCUGUCAAGCUCUUGACCACUCGUGCGCACGUUAAAGUUUUGAUGACUUCUAACUGGUGAAGCCUUAAAUAUCAUUACUAAUUGUAAGGGGCAAUAGAGCUGGUGCCGAAGAAACGUGGAAGUACAGUUGGGAUUGCAUGUCAUAUUUAAUUUCCAAAAAAAUAAUCCAUUGUGAUUUUGUAGUAGAUAUUUUAUUUUAAGCAAAUUAUGUAUCUAUUUUCUUUUAGUUUUUAAAAACUUCUGAAUCACAUAUAAACUACCACAAUAUUAUUUGAACGAAAGAAUAUGAAGAUGAGCAUGGCUACGAGCAAUAUACAACACCUUCGAAUCUGACCAGAACUAGGAGGCCUAUGGUGUAUAUUUCUCUCUAGUUACUAAAUACAUAUUUCGGAGGCAAUCCUACGAAAUGAUGGUCCGAUAAAAAGUUCCAAGGGGCUAGGGUUCAUGUCAACUUCAACUUGAAAUGAAAUAUGGCGGAUCUGAGAUUUUGGAAGCCAUAUAUAUUUAGUAAAAGAUUCAACAAUAAUGAAAAUCUUUACCUACUUAUAUUAUUUCUUAAAGUUUAAUUUGAAGUAAUCUAUUAGAUUAAGUAUGUCGAAUCUUUAUUUUUAUUUUCGAAUUUUCAGUUUUGAGUGUCUCAAAAAGUGUUUAAAAAGAAGGUAACUCGAAAUAUGCAUAUUUACUUAAUUUGACAUAAAAUGAUAUUCUCUACUAAUUCUAAAGUUUAAUACCAUAGUGGCUAAAUCGAAUAGAAAGAAGAAGAAAGUACAACGGGGGCAUCGUUUUAGGCUACAAAUACGGGUCAAACAAGAAUAUACAAGUGCAAAAGCUUUCGUAGAGUUUAAGAAAUCUUCUUCUUUCUAAUCGAUUUUGAAUUGGACUUGGAGAUAAUUGAAUACUAAUUAUUUGACAUCAAACAUAUUUUAAACAUAAAUCUUCUCUCUCUAGCAAAGUUCGAAUUUGAAAUCAAAGACAACCUUCUCCCAGAUAAUUUUUUUCUUACCACAAGAGCUAUCUGCACCAUUGACAGUGUGUCCUUGGCCCAAGGUUUGAGUAAGCUAUAUACACACAAGGAAAAUUGAUAAAAUGUUUGGUACCUAUCAGCGGCGUAGAGAGGAUAUAUGGGCCUUAAAUUGGUAGCUGUACGAACAACAGUAAAUAAAAUAAAGUUCGUUUACUGUUUUGCGUUAAUAUUAUACUUAACUGUGAUUAUCUGUAUCAUAUCUAUGAAGAUGAUUAGGCUUCUUGAUUUUGACGAGGAACUAAGAUGUUAAUAUCAUCAAACUAUCAAUUCUCAUUCCCUCUUUUUUUUAAUAGAGAAAGUACAUCUGACAAUAUGUUUUCUAUAUCCUUUACCAACUUUCAACUAUUAAAAACUUUUUAAAACUAUUAAGCUAUCGUUAAUCAAUUUAAAUGAAUGGCGUCCAUUCCCGUUCAACGGUGUAGUCGUAGAUAUAUAUGUACACCGUAAAUUCCACAAACAAUUAGAUGCAAACUUGGAAGUAUAAAACUUUAAUUUAUACCUGAAGACAAAUUUGAUUACUAAAGAAAUAUAUUAAAGCAGGGGUCUAAUAUAAAUGUGAAGAAAAGUCCACAUGCGGCAAGGGAAAACAAAAACAUUAAUAGUAUGCAUUAAGCACUAAAUCCAUCUGUUGUUGCCUGGCCGAUGAAUGAAUGAGUACAUGCAUGGAUAUAUUUCAUAUGAUUAUAAGUAUCUCUGAUAUCAGGUUUGUAAAAUCAAAAACAAAACUAAAACCGGUCCUCACGGUUCACGUGCUUAAGCUGUAAAUAUAGCUCUUCAGUCUUCACUAACUACAUAUCUCCAGUUGUUUUCAUCUUAAGAGAAACACUCGAGCUACCAAACCCUUUUCAUCUCCAUCAGAAAGUUCUAUUUACAAGCUCAAGUUUUUCUUAUAUAUCUAGCUAUAUAUUGCUAACACAUAUACACCCUCGUAGAAUAUAUAUACAUCGUGAUCACGAAAUCUUAAACUUGGUAUUUUACUUGCCUUUAAAGCCUUCCUCGGCUAUCUUCCUUCACACCCUCGUUAAGAGACUUGACUUUAAUACUUCUCUUUUUGUUUCUUUCUACUUUUCUCUCUUUUCUUUCGAUCCUCUGAGAGCAUGCCUGAAUGUCAAGAGAAAGGGAGAGAUUUGAAGAGAUAGGGAAAAAGAUCAAAAUAGACGCAGAUGCUUGGCCUCAUCAGAUGGCAGGAAUCAGAAGACCAAUGUCGGGUCCUCAUGGGACUCUCAACACCAUUACUCCUUGUGCAGCUUGCAAGCUUUUGCGCCGUAGAUGCGCUCAAGAAUGUCCAUUUUCGCCGUACUUCUCCCCACAUGAGCCUCAUAGGUUCGCAUCUGUCCACAAAGUCUUUGGAGCUAGCAACGUCUCCAAGAUGCUAAUGGAAGUACCAGAAAGCCAGAGAGCAGACGCGGCUAAUAGUCUCGUGUAUGAAGCAAACGUGAGGCUAAGAGAUCCAGUAUACGGAUGCAUGGGAGCCAUCUCUGCUCUACAACACCAAAUUCAAGCUUUACAAGCUGAGCUCACGGCCGUACGAUCCGAAAUUCUCAAGUUCAACCAACGAGAAGCUGUCGCCGCUUUGAUCGUACCUUCCAACUCCCAAGUCGCCGGUUUUCAUAACUCUAGCGGCGUCUCCGUCAUUGCACCACAACCACAAACACCGUCAACUCCGCCGCAACCUACGGCGGCUGAUCAUCCGCCUCCUCCAUCUUCUUGUGUUUUCUCUCAACCAACCACAAGACCAUUAGAAUACGGCGACAUUGAAAGUGAGAACAACUCCUACUUCGGUUAAAAUUUAUUUAAAUUAUUCUACAGACGCAUACGCAUACACAUACAUAUUAUAUAUUUUGAUGAUUUGUGGCUGGCGGAUUAAUUAAAUUAAAUAAAUAUAAGGGAGGAAGGUUGAUGAUAAAAAGCCUGCAUUAAUCGAUUAAAUAUACUAUUCAGAUUUUAGUAUUUUAGAUAACAGAUAAUCAUAUGAGAUUUAAGCUAUAAAAAGUGGAAGUCAACCAAAAGAGUAGAAGUCUAUUUAUUUGUUUUCUUACAAGGUGUUUCGACCACAUAUGCCGACGCAACUAUUUUUACACAUAUUUAUCACUAUAUGCGUAGUGAAUAUAUAUAAAACUUUAUUUUAGAAAAAAUGAACGAUAGAAAAUAAUUUUUCUGGAUAUUAACACAAUACAUAAUAUUUUGUAGAUAAUGAUAUUGAUUAAUAUUUAUAUAGUUUAUCCUUUUGAAUAUAUUAUAUUAAUUUUUGUUAAUUAUAUAAUAGAUUAUAUAUAACCAAAAAUUAAUAUAAUAAAUUCAAAAGAAUAAACUAUUUAUUAAAGAUGACAACGUCUUUAGCUGCUCUAUCUUUUAAUGGCUGCUCUAUCUUUUAAUGUGAGGAUUGAACUACACAUAUGUGCAUUUUAAUUUAGCUAGGGUAUCUUAAAUUCAAUUAAUGAGUCAUGCAUAUUUAACCAAUUUUCUUUCUUUUAUUUUUGUUACUCUAGAAUUCAAGCAAUAAAAUAUUCCUUUCAUUUCGAAUUGAUCCAUGCUUAGAAAAUAAAUAUAUUUCAAAAAAUGUAAUUUAAAUAAAAAAUAUUAGACAAUAAUGGUAAAUUGUAAAUUGCAGAGAAAUUAAUUUGUUUAUUAAAUUUUGAUAGAUUAAAAGUUAAAAACCCAUUAAUCAUUGAAAUCAUAUAUUUAAGAUUAAAAUUUAAUACUUUUUAAUAUGUGUGAAAUGUAAAACAUAAUGUUUUACAAAACCGAGUGAAUAUUAAUUAAUUCUAGAAAAGGCUACUUGCACCAAAUUUUGUGUGAUGGCUGGCUUUGGAUCUGCACAAUACGUUACAUACUGUUUAUUGGUUGGGUGAAGUGUCAGCUGUAUGAUAAUUAUUACUAACUCAUUUAAUUUAAUUUAGGUUUAUACUAUAAUUUUAUUUUCGUGGUUUCCUUAGCGUAUCGAAUUAUUCAACAAAAGAAGGAAUUAAUUAGUCCAUCUUAUUGCUGACCAGAUUUAUGCAAAAACACUGUUGGGUGUUAAUGUGGUUUGUUCAAAAGUUGCAAAAUAAAAAUUCGUUUCAGAGAUUUGACAAAAAAAAAACAUAUAGUUGCCGAAUUAUCAACAUAUUUAUGCAAGACAUGUAUCAUUGGAAUUCAAACGCAUACGAUACAUGUUAGUAUAUUAUUGAAAACAGAAAAGGUCGGACUCAGAAGCCAGACAAGAAAAUUCAAUCGCCUAAACCUUCGUCGUAAUUUUGAAGACCAUUGACUAGAGCUUUUGUGGUUAGAAAGCUUUCAAAGAUAAAAUCCUUAUAGGAUGUAAUGUUAUGUACGUUUGGUCCAGUGUCACGAUUGCUUCAUACUAUGUCACUUAACUUUCCACUGUCCAAAGGGAACAUACUAUUCCACUUGGUACGAUUCCAUUCGUGUGAAUCUUAAUACUACGAGGGAAAAUAAGAUUAACCUAUAUUUAAUUGUUAAGAGUUUCUACGUUAACUUUACUUGAUAGUAUUAUAUCGUCGGUUGAAUCUUAAGGCAGAGACUCGUUGGUUUCAAAUUAACCAUUUUUUAUCUGCCUUUUAAAAAACAAGGAUCAUGUGAAUCCUUCAAUGUUAGUAUAAAUGCGACCCAAUCGAUUUGUGUUCAACAAGUAGAACAAAACCACAUAACUUGAGAAACAACUUGGUUCUUCCAAGUAUUAAUUGGUUGAUUAGAAUAAACACUGAAGUUUUAUUCAUAUCAUGUUAAGCAGAAUACCACAACAUACAAAUUUUCUAGAAACCCAUAUAUAUACAGAUCUCUCAUUGUUACAAUCAAAGAGUAAGAGGAGAUGUGUCUAAGGCCUUGGCCUCCAUUUGAACACAUCCUCCACCAAACUCUUUCGUAUCAUCACUCUUGUAGACAUACUUGCUAGCUGCCAACAAGAACAAUCCCAUGUUCACAACCGAAAUCAC